GAAUUAAUUAUAAAUUGAUAGAUCAUUUAAAGAUUACAUAAUUUUUGCCAAAAUAUAGUUCACUUUUCUAAGUGUGAACCCUCUCAUUUUUUUUUUACACCACUGGUUUUCUGUUUUGACUCUUGCAAUAGAUAAUCAACCUUUUUGGCUAGAAUUCACAGAGAUGGAUUUGAAUCAGUGGUCAGGGGAGCGUUUCAUGAAAGGACUUGUCAGACGUUUUAUCCGACAAGUCCCAUUUUAUCCGACAGUUACCAUAGUAACAGCCAAUCAAAAUCCAGAAAAGUUGUCAGAUCUGACAACUUGUCGGACAAAAAUGUUAAUGAAACGCCCCCCAGAUCACUAAAAUCAUGGUUUAAGUACAGUUUCCAUACAAUAAUUCAUGUAUUUAAUGGAAGCCUCAAGCAAACACCACAUCAUUUUCCAAUGUCCUGAGUUUUGAGAAUCCAGGGGACAAAGCAGUUGACCUUUCAAUUCAAUUCAAUUCAAUUAAAAAAUGGUCUUUAUUGAUAAUCAAACAUGUUAACAAUCAUACAUGAAAAAACAGCAAUAGCUGGAAAAAUCAUGUUUACAAGUUGGUGUUGGCACAUUAUAAAAUACAUAGUAAAAACCAUAGUAAAAUACAUUUAAAAAGGCUAUACAUUCAAAAGUUAAUACAAUUUAAAUAAAGCAUAAAAGGCAAUGAAUGAAUGAAUGUAAUAUGAUAAUGGCAGACUUGAAGGAGAGGAGACUGACACUUAUUUAAAUGACAAAUAUAAUUGUAUGGUGAGGUGGGGAUGACCAUUUUACAUUGCCUUUCCUAGUCGACACACUCAUCUUUUGUUGAGUAUGUCAACCAAAAAAGGCAAUGGACUGUUUUUAAAUCUUGUUGUUCUUAUUGGAAAUUGUUGAUAGUUGUUUGUACGACGAAGAGAUAUGUUUGUAUGUUUUUCCGAGGUAGCCAUGUCUUACACAAAGGAUGAGUUGAAAGUGAUUUUGCAAAUUUUUUACAGUGUCAGUCUUCUCUCCUUUCACACGUAAGCGACAAAAUAUUGGCCUCGAUAAAGUAGCGCAAAAGUUGUAUCUCAUACAAAAAAAGAACAAGAAUUGUGCUUACUUCAGCACACAUGGAUGUAAUUUAGAAAGUGUCCUAUAAUGAAUGCUCACUUUAUCACAGAGCACUAUAUUCAUGCUUGUCACUAUUAGUUCAAGCAUCAAUGAGCCCAUUGUUUUGGAUUAAUGAGUCAAAUAUUGAUAUUUAUUAAAUUUACAAUAACAGUGGGCUCUUUGAAUGUGGUCUGUGGAUUAUGGGGAUGUGUAAAGUAAAGGCCUGGUCCCACUGGCCGACAGACACAAAACGUAUUCAUAACGGAUACAGCGGACAAGCAAAAUUUCGAGGAGGCUCCAUCCGUUUUCAUCCGCGCCAGACAAUGGACAAAAUGGAUGGACAAUGAAAUAUCGGUGGACGGAUGCUCGUUGGAUAUAGAGCAUAUGAAACACGUAUGCAAAGAGUACACAGCGGAUACAUAACUUUUUCCAACGGAUGGCAAGAUUCUUUUCCGUUUUACAUCCUGUCCGCAUCCGUAAUUUCAGUGGGACCAAGCUUUAAGAGAGUUGCAGUAAGUGUGCAGUAGUGCUAAUUGACACUGGCAAUUUCUCUCUACCGAUCUCCACCAAAGAACCAUCCACAUAAACAUAAUCAGUCCUGAAAUUAACCCCCCCCCCCCCCCGACUUGUGUCAAUUAUUUUUUAUUUUUAUGCACCACUCCGUUCUCAACACAACCCUUCAAGACAAGUAGGGGGCUUUUCUCACAGGGUUGGACUAGUGUACUGCAAUGCAACACUUUGACAUAAGCCCACCUUGAGCUCUCUUCAGAGAGCAUUGUGGCCCGAUGGAUUAUUCUUCAGGCUUUGAAACAGAGGGUCUUGGGUUCGAAUUCCAGCCAUGGCGUAGUUUCCUUCAGCAAGGAAUUCAUCCACAAUGAGCUGCACUCGACCCAGGCGAGGUACCCAGUAGGAAUUAAUUCCUUGAAAUACGUGUGCGCCGUACAAUGUAAGUAAUUACUGCCGCCAAGCUAAAGCCUGGGUAGUAAUUUCCAAGUCCUAUGGAAGCGCAUAGAGACGUUAUAUUCAUAAUGUGAUAUGCAUUGUACAAGAUCUGUUUAUUAUUUUUAUUAUUAUUAAGUCACAUAAAUUUACAUCAGUUAAAUUGAUAGAUGUAUCCUUCAUUGUCAUUUCAGAGUGCAGCAUCAUCAGAGUUCUCUGAUGGCCAGGUUUCGAUGGAAGAAUACCUCGAGAUGAAGAAGAAAUUAUCAACAUCCGAGAGUAGAGUUCAACAACUCCUUAAUAUGAACAAGCAACUCAAUCAGGAUGUUCAUAUGCUCCAGUCUAUGGUUGAUAAGUUGAAAGAAGAGAAUGCCAAGUUAUUGGUCCUUCAGAGGGGUAAAGAUGUCCCCCAGAUGGGUAAGCCUCGGGACCUUGAAUCCCUCGCCCCGGCACCUAAACCCAGUCCCAAACCGUCGGUGCCAGGGAACCGACCCAGAUCCAUGUUUGAGCAGAGAGCUACUCAGAAGCCUGCUCCCAGGUGGAAGCCCAGCGGACCGAAAGCCAAUCCACCAACAUCAGCUAAGCCCACCGCGACGGGGAGUGAAGGGGUCGAAUCGAAGGAUGCAGGGAAAGAUGCGAAGAAUCCGGUACCCAUCGUUGGUUUGCCAACUAUUCAAGAUGAUCUAGCCAAUGAGGAUGCAGAUUCAAAAGAUAAGCCAGAUAGGCCACUCAGUGAAACAGGCAGUGAAUACGAUAACGCUUUACUUUCACAGACAGAAGAUGAAAAGAGCACACCUAAACCAGAUUCACCUGCAUCGAUACCCCUCCCAUCCCCUUCCCCCAUCUCUCCUGCCACCAUCAGCACACCACCACCGCAGUCAUCGUCGUCACCCGAACCAGAGGGAGGAGAGACGGAGGAUGGGGCGGAACCCAAGAAACCACCCACGCAGGAGGCGGUUGUUGGGACUACAGAGAAGAUUACCAGAAGAAUCCAGACCUUGCUGCUGGCAGCACAAGAAGGAAAACUUGAUAGGUUUGUGUCGUGUUCAGAUAAUAUCUACGCUACCGUUACAGACAUGGUGAAAUUAUUCCCGGAGAAACCCAAAUCAGAAGAAGUUCGUGUACCCCUUCGUCUAUUGGUAUCCAGCGCCAGUCGGCUUAGAGGAGAAUGCCAGAGUGCCGUACCCGCUGACCCUUCAAUGACCCCCGACCUCAAACAUCUGACCAACCAGAUCAUCGCUUGUGCAUAUGACAUCGCCAAGGCUGCCAAACAACUCGUCACCAGCUUUCAAUAAAGGUCUCCUUCACACAUUAUCACCUCCCAGCUCGACAGUCACAGUUAGACAGCCAAAACUUAUCCUCUAUCUUUAAAUAUUGUAUGGAGAAGCAGAUCCAAAGCUUCAAAAGGUUACGUAAGGUCACGUAACUUGUCAAAAUUGAUGCACAAUUACCCAUGUGACUACUUGAUUCAAUGAAGGAUAAUUUCAGGGUGAGGUUCGGAGAGCAAGAAGAGAAUAAGUUUUGAGUACACACUAGCAUGAGAUGCACAUACUGUUAACAUUCUCUAUUGAAACCAUCAGCAGUCUGAAAAGAAAUAGAUCCACUAAGUGAGAUGUUGUGACUUCAUCUUUCUGCAGUUGUGGAGGAAGAGUUCCUUUAAAAAAGAUUUAAUUUUAUUACUACCCCUGGGUUCCAUAACACAAAGAUUAGCGAUCAAUCGCUAAAUGAACUGACCAAUCAAGAUCAAGUUUACACGCAAAUUUGGUGCAAAAUACUGACCAGGAACCAAUCAGAAGUGUUCUUAUUUGCAAUUCAUCGCAAACCUCUGUGUUACGGAGCCCUGGUCUUCUCAAGUGGUCCCUAUACAAAUCCUAUGAGAAUGACAAAGUUCAGAAGUAAAUGGGUUAAUUUUGAUUUUGAAAGCCAAACUGACCAUUCAUCCUGUUUACACCGAACCUUGACUAACAGACAUAUGAUUUUUUGACUGGGUAGUCCCAUGAGUCAUUUGGUUAUUUUCUUUUAGUAAGAAUUAAAAAUGAAAUAUUAUUGACCAGAAACUCUAUUGUUUUUCCACUCGAUUAAUGUGUAUUGCAUGUGGAAUGGCAUUUAUCUCUUAAAUUUUGGUUUGCUUUCUUUUUCUUUACUGUUAGGCCAUAUUUUAUUCAAUUUGGUAUAUUAAUUCAUCAAAGUUAACUCAGUAUCUUUUCUUAACUUUAUGUUCUACAGUGCACAGAUACAUAGGUACAUUUUGUGAUAUGCACUUUAUCAUAUGAUUUUGAUGUUGGUCGGUAUUUCUUCGCAGGUUUAAGACAAGCCAAUGUGAUCGCAGUGUAUGAUAUUGACAGAGUGCUAAGGUAACAAAGUUCACACUUCCGUUACUAAGAUAAUGUAAUGACACUCCUGUUGACACAUACUCCUUGCGAUUGUGUUAUAGAAAUAUUUGUGAUUCAUCUCCAAUUAUAAUCCAUUGUGGUUUGAUUAAUUUCUUUGGUCAGUAUUCAGAACUAAUCUCGUUUUGAUUUUUACUCUGUUAUUUGGUGUAUAUUCCAGGGGCUUUUCCACAUGAGCACUGUAUUUCCAACUGUCGUUGAAUAUUUGUGCCUGCGGUAUACAUCGCCGUCCCUUUCUGCCAAUUAAUGCUGGAAAAUUAUUUGUGUUUUAAAAGCUGAACCCUCCCAUUCUAACAAUAUUCAAUUAAAAUUGAUAAUAUUCGGGUAGUUGUCCAGGGUUUUGAGAAAUGGGGAGGGAGAUGAAAACUGUCUCCAAGAAUUUAUAUAUGGUUAUUCAUUUUGCAUCUAUAGAUUCAUUGACAUAUUAGAAUUAACAUUUGUAUAACAAGUUUAAUGACUGAGAUAAAAUCAACCAACCAGUUUAUAUGUCUUCCAUAUGUACAGUUAUCAUUAUUCUGAUGUUAGAUGUGAAACCAUUAUCUUAGAAUGGAUCUUAUUACAGCUUGUGAGUAGAAUGGUCAAGUUAUAUUGUUUAGCACUGGGUCAUGAAAUAUACUUGGUUACCUAAUUGUGGAAUACAUUUAUUCACGUCAUAAAUUUGACGGUAUAUUAGUCAAUGGUUACGUGUCAUGCUGUGGGUGUACAGUCAGAAUGCAGCAUUAUACUAUACAGCAUAUGAUUGAAGAAGGAAGAAGGUGAAACACGGUUGAUGUGUGUUUCUUCAAGGGGAGGCCUUCCCUGCCUUAAAGACUACUCAAAAAGAUGCAGAAAAAUGAGAGAAAUAUAUUGAGGUUUGGGGAAAAAAUCAAUCAAAUAAUAAACAGUGUUUUGAUUUUGUGAUGUCACAUACAACCAACUUCUUUAUUUAUCAUGUAAUUUACAUUCCCCAAAUGCUGAUUUUUUUUUUCCAUUGGUUCAUGAUGCCGGAAAAAAAAAAACAAUUGUAUUCUCAGAAGUGUGGAUCAAAUAAUGUGUCUGAUGGUAUAUAUGAAAAUUUGAGGAUAAAUCAUUUUUUAAAAUUUCUGAGAAAAUGUUGUUUUAUGGAAUUUAUAAUACAUGAUAUAUGGAGGAACUGCUCACAUUUGACAUCACAAAGUAAAAACUUGACAAUCUAAAACUCCAGGCGUACCAACUACUUCUUUUUUUUUAGGAGAUUCUUUGUUAGAAAGAUUUUUUAUCAACCAAAAAGAGGAACACUCCAUUUUUCCAUGUAUUUAAGAUAAAAAACAAGUCGGCCCAUAUAUGUAUAUGUGUGGUGGGUAUGAGUGAAAGAGUAAUACAGAUUUUCAACACUUUUAAUUUCUCAAUGUUUAAAUACAAGAAUGCUAAACAUGCCUUGAUUAAAAAAAAAAGUGAGAGAGACACACCUGAAAUCAAGCAGAUAGAUUCGCGCCGCUCGAUUAGGACUACUUUUUUUCAUUUUCUAAUGUUGGCAGUCCAGAAACUCCACUAUUCAUUGAUGGAUUUUCGCUGGACCUUAAAAUAUUUCUCUCUUAUUUUCUGCUUUGCUCUAAAUCAAGGAGACCUUCUCCUAUUAUGUACUGCCUACGGACAUUAGCAAUUGCUGCCGUGAUGUCACAAAAAACUAUGAUGAAAAUCUUCAUUUCGUACUCUUUACCGUUGGCAGAUGGAAUAAUAUGAUGUCUUCCAAAUAUUUUGUUUCCUCAAUGAUAUCGAUCAUUUAGAAACUGCAACAGCACAACCCACAAACAUACACCUGCAUGCUUCGUGAUAAAACAAUGGAAUAGUUAGUUAACAAGAUUACUGCCAGAGACACUUGUGCACUGCAUUCACAUAAUAUCCUCAUGAGCAAAAUCGAGUGUUUCUAAAAAAAUCGCUGAAGUGUCCGAUCUUCCCCUUGUAGUAUCUUUGGUUCAGACUAGUGAGAUAUGAAAACUGUUAGCCUGUGUUUGAAUGAAAUGGAUGUUGUAGAUUGUCUGACUUUUUGUUCCGACUUCCUUUACACUUUGGAAAGAAAAUGAAUUAACGUUUCUAAUGGAGGUUCUGUGAAUUAACUGAAGUACAUUACUGUUUUCAUGCUCAUCCAGUUUAGAGAUUGAGACCAUAAUAUGCAGGAUGAAAAAAAAAUAGGGGAAAUGGCUUUGUAGCAUAGUAAGCAAGUCUCCAAUAGGUUAAGGGGUAAAUAGAAACAAAAAAAAACACUCAUCACUGCAAUAUUUCCAUUUCAGAAUCACAUGUUUUCACAAUAUGUUUUUUUUUGUGUAAAGACUUUAUGCUUAUUGUGCACAGUAAACGCAAUUGUGAAGACUGGUUUAAAUAAAAAAUUAUUGGCAUUUACUGGCACAAAUCACCCCCUCCCCUCCUUGUGAAAAAAAAAUCAUAAUCAAAUGAUAUGGCAUUGGGAAGAAAGAGCCUUUUCUGAGAAGUAUAAUCUGGUCUACAAAUGUGAAAGGUUACUCUUCAACCAAUACUAACCAGUUCAAUGCACUCAAUUUCUUGAUCAAACUGUAUGACAAAUUAUGCAUAAGAGUAGAACAUUAUAUGGGAUGCUGGUUGUUAUGUGUAUAAAUCAUUUUGUAUCGUGUAAAUAGUUUUUAUAUAAUGAAAAUGCUCUCUUUUUGCUUAUUUAUAAUGGUUUUGGCAUGAAUAGGUUUGGCUUGAUACAUGCAUAUCCAGAAUAUUACAUUUAGAUUCCUGCCCCUCUGCAUGGAAUUACCUUAUAGAGUUUGUUUAUAUUUCAAGGAUAUGAAAUACCUAUUUAAUGAUAUACACUCUUUUUUCAUAAAUUAUGUCUCGUGAAUUAUCAAUAUAAAGGUGUAGGAAUGACAUAAAUGUCAAGGAGUUUGUGUUUAUUAGUUUAUUCCCCCUCCCUCCCUUCCUCUCUUUUUGCUUUUCAUAAUUUUAUUCUGCAUUGUUACCCUCAUAUUUGAUUUAAUAUAACCUUUAUGUAUUGUGUAUGUUAUUUAAUUCAUUUCUGAUUCUUCCUGUAUUUCUAUUGUAUUUUUUUUUAUUCAUGAUGUAAAAAAAAAUGGAUUCACAAAAUUGCGUAAUUCCUUGUAAUCACUGUGCUUGCAAGGAAUGAUCAUGUGCAACGUAUUAUUAUCCAGAGAAAUUUUAUUUUCUUUUCAGUAUGUCCAAAAUGAUGACAUUUAUACCUAAAGCCAUUGAGGCAUACUCUUUGUCUAAAUGCAAAUGAGCAAUUUGUAUGGUGUCUUUGAAGGAGAUGGAAGUAUACUACAGGGCUGCACUGUUGAAUCCUGGAUUUAAAAAUAAAUCCCCGAUUUAAAAAUAAAUCCAGAUCAUUGUUGACCAACUGAACACUAGAUUAUUAAAAUGAAACCUUUAAAGAUUCAAGAUUUCAUUUAUAAAUUCAAAUUCUUUCAGGCUUGAAAAUGAAUAUGUAGGAUUUUGGUCACCAACCGCUGUCGAUCUGGGUUUAUUUCAAAUCCAUGAAAAUCAGAGUGAAUAGUUGGAUGUGAAUUCGAUAAAUAGAUUAAAACCAAACAAACAAAAUACUCUUAAUUUCAUUUAUAUUGUCUAGAUACAUAGCAAACUUACAUAUGUAUGGAGAUUUACAUUUAUUUUCCGAUAGACCGAGUGUAUCUGAACUAGCAUGAAUGGGCAGAUAUGAGCCGAUGAUUUCACAUGCCAAUAUUUCUCUUUGUAUUUUAUCAUACAAAUGUUUGAAGUCCUGGUUUUUUUUCAUAAUGUUAUAUAGCCUCUCUUGUAACAUAAUAAGUUACAAUGAUCUUAAAUGUUAAAAUUAGAAUUCAACCCUGUUUUCAUAUUCUUGGAUUUGAUCAUUUCAUUGAAUAAGGAAAAAGAAAUGACAGGGAUAGACCAAAAUAUAUGUGACAUUAUCUGCUCACUCAUUACAUUAUGUUUCAUUAUGCAAAACUUUAAAACAAAAAUAGAAUGAAUCCAUAUGAUUGUAUUUUGCUUUAGAGAUUAAUGAAAUUGUAAGAUUUCUGCUUGUAAAUUCUCUCUAUUCAUUUAAUUCAUUAUCUUUAUGCCAGAACACCCCUCUUACAGAGGAAGUGGUAUCACUAGAAUAACUUAUUUAUGUAUGGAUUUACUUUUUGUCUCGCCUGAACGAAGCUUCGUAGAGACCUACAUGUAGUAAUCACUUUUCCUAUUGGUCUGUUCAAAACUGUUUAAGUUUUUGCUCAACUUGCUAUCAUUUCUUUAUGUCUGCAUCAUUUAAGUUCAUACUUGGUACAUAUGAUCCUUGGGUAAUACCACUUGUGUGUCCUCUCAUUUCUUUGUUUCUGCAUCAAUGAUGUUGACACUUGGUACAUAUUUUGAUCCUUGGAUAAAACCGCACGUGUGUCCUGAGGAUGAUGGAGUCAAAGGUCAUCUAGGGGUCAAAAGGCAAAUGAUAUGAGGUCAUGUCUGUUCCAAAAAUGUUAAAGUUUUUGUUCAACUUGCUCUCAUUUCUUUAUUUCUUGCAUCAAUUAUGCUGACACUUGGUACAUAUUAUCCUUGGAUAAAACCACAUGUGUGUCCAUGAGGGUGAUGGGGUCGAAAGUCAUAUAGGGGUCAAAAGGUCAAGGUUUUGUUCAAAUUGCUCUCAUUUCUUUGUUUCUGCAUCAAUUGUGUUUAUACUUGGUACAAAUAGCCAUCGGGUAAUACCACAUGUGUGUCCAUGAGGAUGAUAAGGUCAAAAGAUCAUAUUGCAUAUUUCAGCAAUCGCGAUAUCAGGCGAGACUCGCGGUUCGUGAACCACCUUGUUUAUUAUUGUUUUCUUUCAUUAGUACAUAUAUAAAGUGAAAGAUGAAGGGGGAAUUAUUAAAUAAAUCAAGUAAUUCAUCAAUGUCAUGCUGGUGAUAAAUUAAAGUAUUGGUAUAUAAAAAAAAAUCAU